AUGGUUCUUAGCAAGAUUUCUAGAACUGAUUUGCCUACGUUUUUUAUAGAGGCGAUCAAAACAACAAACUAUAGAGUGCCUAGUAACUCCGUACCUAAGACACCUUCCAAAUUUUGGACUACCAGAAAACCUAGCCUAAGACAAGAGAAGAAGCUUGAUCUUAAAACGAUAAGAUGUAGGUUAUCCCACAAGCAUAAGGAGAAUGCCACUGGGAAUGAAGACCUUAUUUUUGAAGAAGAAGGUGAUGUAGCUGUGAUUGAGAAUGUUGAACAAGAAGUUAAACCCUUGAUUCCUUUAAGUGAAACUGUAUUGGAAAAUUCUCAAUUUGAAGAACCAAUUGAACCACAAGAACAAGUUGUUGAGAAUCCUGACCUGGAUGAUCCACAAGAACCUGUACAACCAAGGAGAUCUGACAGACCAAGAAGAUCCACAACAAAUUUAGAUUAUGUGUACUUACAAGAAGCAGAUUUUGAUAAUGGAGAUGAGGCUGAUCCAACAAGUUUUAGAGAGGCUAUGGAGAGUCAGAAUGCAGACAAAUGGAGGGAAGCGAUGUUGAAUGAACUUGAAAGCAAGAAGAAUAAUUAA